CAUCAAUUUCGAAAUGUAUCCGCAAUUGGAGACGGAAGCUGAACAGCAAAAAAAGGCAACUAUUGUACGGCUCCUGCCAAAAAGUGAUAACAAUGGCACUGAAACGGAGAGAAAAGACCCACCGCCAAGUAAAUGGAAACGCCGCGUAUUGCGUCAUGUGCCAAUGUUUCAAUGGCUACCUGCCUAUAAUAUGGAAUGGGGUAUUGAUGAUUUUAUCAGUGGCAUUACCCUGGGACUCACCAUAAUACCCGAGAGUAUAGCCUGUGCCCUUCUCGCUGGUCUGCCGGCUCGAUACGGCUUGUGUUCGGCAUUUAUUGGACCUUUGAUCUAUUUGAUAUUUGGCUCCAUCGAUAAGGUUAUUAUUGGUCCGACAAGUCUGGUGGCUUUGGUUAGUGUUCAAUUCACUGUGGGUCGUCCCAUUGAGUUUGCCUUCCUCUUGACAUUCCUAAGCGGCAUCGUGCAGAUCAUUAUGGGCACACUGAAAAUGGGUUUCAUUUUUGAGUUCAUUUCAAUGCCGGUUAUCAAGGCAUUUUCCUCGGCCACUGCCAUUUUGGUAAUUGAAUCACAACUUAAAGUAUUACUUGGCAUCAAGUACUUAGUUGCGGGCCUUCUCAGUUCGGUGAAAACUCUCAGUUCUCGCAUCGAUGAGGCGAAUAUCGCUGAUUUAAUAAUGGGCACUUGUGCCAUAGUUUUCUUACUGCUCCUCGAGUUGCUGGAGCGCGUGUCGCGGAAUGAGAAACGUGGCAAGUUAUUACGCAUAUGUUGCCGCUACUUAUCUACCUCAAGAAACACAUUAAUCGUACUGAUUGCUGGCAUUGUCAGUUUCAUUUGGUUGGGUCAGACGGGUCAGGUGCCAUAUUCGUUGGGCAAAAGUGCUUUAUCCAGUUUGCCCAACUUCACAGUGCCCAGUUUAAGCAUUGAAACGCCAGAGCGUACAUAUAGCUUUUGGGAGGUACUAAAGGAAUUGAAUAUUGGCAUUAUAGUAAUACCAAUUGUUGGCAUACUAACCAACAUAUCGAUUGGAAAACUAACUCCAAAGGGUCUUGUCGAUACGAAUCAAGAACUUCUCACUGUUGGCCUUUGCAACAUGUUUGGCUCCUGUGUCCAGGCUAUGCCCUCAUCGGGAGCCUUCACUCGUUAUGCUAUUAGUACGGCAUGUGGCCUUAAGACGCCAAUGGCAAAUUUGUAUUUGGGUAUAAUUGUUUUGCUAGCUUUAAGCUAUCUCAGUCCUUACUUCAACUACAUUCCGGAAGCAACAUUGGCAGCAAUUUUGAUUUGUUCGAUAUUCACGCUAUUGGAUUUCAAAUUACCUUUGCGUCUGUGGCGUGAAUCGAAACGGGAUUUCGGGAUUUGGCUAUUAUGCUUCUGCGUGUGCGUGCUGUUUGGUGUGGAGGUUGGCCUAUUUGUGAGCAUCAUUGUGACGGCUCUGCAUUUGCUAUUCCUUUGGGCACGUCCUGAGAUUCAUGUCAAGAUACAGGAGCUGGAUGAUAUGCAAUACAUUUGUGUAACCCCCGGCAAUGGCAUCUACUUUCCGGCCAUCAAUUAUCUCAGGGAGCGCGUAUUGAAAGCGUGCACACAGGCGGAUUUCAAGAUCACAGUGGUAAUUGAUGGUCAUCGGAUAACAGGAUUGGAUUACACAGCCGCCCAGGGCAUAUCGAAGCUAUCGAGUGAUCUGUGUCGUCAGGCCGAUGCGUCAAGUUCCAUAUUAUUGAUUCUCUAUUGUUUCCCCACCGACCUGCAAAAGUUAAUCGAUCACACCGAUAAUCUGGUAUUCUGUGACACCGAAACUAAGGUCAAAGAGUUCCUAACCCAAGAAUCAUUGCGCAAUGGUUUCAUAAAUCUCAAAGAGCACAUACGGGCUUCUAUUGAUUUGGGCUACAAAAUAGAUAUGGAAUAGGUCCUCAUUUAAACACCUAAAACACCCUAAAUUUAGCAUUAAGUUUACUUCGUGUCAAUUGGAGCAACAAGAAAGAAAUGGAACAAAUGUCUUGAUGGCAGUAAUUUAUAAAAGCCACACUGACCUCCAACUCUGCCCAUACGAAGUCAGAGAUACAGAAUGAGAGAACUCGGGGGGAACUCGAGAGGGAGGGAGAGAGAAUGCCGCUGGCGGCGCCGUCAAUGAUUGCCAAGCUAAUGGAUUUCUGUUUACUUUUUCACUUAGAACAGGCGCCAAGUGCAAAAAAAUAACCAAGAAAAGAAGAAAAAAGUAAAACCAA